AUGAACGUUGAUCACGAAGUAACCCUCUUGAUUAGAGAGAUUAAGCGUCUGGGCACUGCUCAACCAAACGGAACCACCGUCGUCAAGUUUGGCGUCCUCUUCAAUGAUGACCAAGUUGCCAACAUCUUUGAGGCUCUUGUUGGAACCUUGAAGGCUGCCAAGAAGAGAAAGAUCAUCAACUACGAUGGUGAGAUCCUCUUGCAACGUGUCCACGACAAUGUCGAUGUCAUCCUCUUGAAAGAGACUCUUUAA